AAAAUAUCUUAAAACACUUUAAAAUAAUAUAGAUCACCUCGAAAUAUUAAAAUUUCGCUUCAAUUACUAUUUUUAUUUCGAUUUCUUUUAUAUAUAUAUUUAAUAGUUUAAUUGAAUAGAUAUAACUGGGGUAAACUAGGGGUAUUCACCCUACCCCAUGGAUAGAAAAUACGAUAUUCCGUCUUCUUAUCGGAUACUUUGCGAAAAAAAAAUUUUGACCUACUCUACCAGAUCAAGUGUGGUAUUCUUACCCAACUUCCGGCCAAAUUAAUCGGAUAAGAAGUCGGGUAAGAAAUCGGGUGAACAUUUUUGUAAUUAUUAAUUUUUGAAUUAUUUUAACAAUUCAAUUAAAAAACAUGCACCAAUUUAAUAACACAAUAAACCAAUAACACUACAACUUAAAACAAUUACAACAAAAUAUAAAAAAGUAUAAACAUCAAUCUAUCAGAAUUGUUGCACAAAUAAAAUAACAAUUAUUUUAAGUUUAAACUAUUUGGUUAGGGAAUUAGGUAUAUAACUAAAUUAAUGAGCGUAAGAUAGGGUUAGAAUACGGAAAUUAAUGGUUAUUUCAUAUUCCUACUCUAUUUAAUCGAAAAACCUAAAACUCUUCUGCAUUUUUACCCAAUUUUUGUUGGUUAACCAUUCAAUAGGGUCGGGUAGGGUAAGAAAUUAUAACUAAUCGAAAAUUUGAACACCCUUAGGAUAAACUUAAUAACUAAUGGGAUGCGUAUAAAUAAGAUAAACUUAAUAAUUUGAAGUAAGAUAAUUAACUAAGGUGAAAACACAUGUUUUACUCUAACUUAUCAACGCGAACACGAUACAAAAUUGCUAUGAUACAAUUCUAAAAUUGAUAUAAUUGAUAAAUGUACGUAAUAAAGUUAUAUUAAUAUUUGACAUAUAUAAAACAUUAAAUAAAUUUUUUUGUAUGUAUUGACAUGAACCCGUAUGAAUUAUAAUAAUGUAAUAUAAAAAUAACAACACAUGGGUCACACAAUAAGACACGAUGUCACCACCUACCACUCCCCCAUGCUAAUAAUAUUCCCUAGGCCAUACCUGAUACCCCAAUCUCUUCAUCCCAUCCUACCGGACACGACUCUAAAAAUACAUGAUUUGAAUGAUUCUCUAAGUAUCCAAAAAAAAAGAAGAAAACUCAAGUUCAGCUUGUUUUCUAUUUUUUGAUCUUUACCUUCCUCUUUUUUUGAAAAUUAGAAAACCAAAAACUCAAAUCAAAUUUUGAGAAUAAAAACUGUUUUUAAAAACUAAACCAAACAGCCCCUUAAAUCCCGAAAUAUUUUCUUCUACAUAAAUAAGGAUUCUCCUCCUUUUAAGCUGCAACUGUUAUACUAACAAACUUCUCGAUUCCAACUUAGAACAGACAUGACUUUGCUAAGAAUUCUCAACAAAAGUUCCUGGAACUCUAUACGUCAACUUGUGCAUUCAUCAAACAUUAGACAAGUUGGGCAAAUUCCUUCAUAUUUAAGUGCAGCUGCUGGUAACUCAACAACCCUUUUCUCCAUUACCUGGUUCGAAUCGAAGGAAGCUGCUAAACAAGAACAUCAUUUGUGUAAUGUUGACAACAAUGAAAACUUUCAGGUGACUUGAAUAAACUAGACUGUUUAUUCUAGCUUGAGGAAGAUGGUAGCAUGGAUCAUAAUUUAACUUUUGGAUUUGAAUUCACAUAGACUCGAUCAAAGAGUUCCACGACAUUUUGAUUUUCAUUGUCAUCAAACUUCAUUAUUCAAUUUACUUUCAUGUCUUAUGGUUAUCAUUUUUCUGCACUUUUAGUAUUGGAUAUGAGAUCUCAACUUCACAUGACACAAGGCUUUGACUCUCUUCUUUCACCUGUUCGUAUUACUCUUAAUGCAACAGUCCAUGGAUUUUCCUGGAGGAAGGGUCGCACUUACUUCUAAGAUGAAAUUUAUUUUCGAGUCUUCUGAACAAAGGAUACCUUGUUAUCGCGUUCUUGAUGAUGAUGGCUAUCCAAUUUCAAGUUCCGGAUUUGAACAGGUGAGCAGGGAAAUUGCAGUGAAGAUGUAUAGUGGCAUGGUUACACUUCGAAACAUGGACACUAUCUUCUAUGAAGCACAAAGGCAAGGGAGAAUUUCCUUCUAUGUCACCUCAUUUGGAGAAGAGGCCAUCGGCGUUGCAUCAGCAGCAGCACUCUCCCCGGAUGACAUUGUAUUGCCUCAGUACCGGGAACCUGGAGUUCUGUUAUGGCGUGGUUUCACCCUGCAAGAAUUCGCCCACCAAUGCUUUGGAAACAAGGCUGAUUAUGGGAAAGGCAGGCAAAUGCCAAUCCAUUAUGGAUCUAACAAGCAUAACUACUUCACCAUCUCGUCGCCUAUUGCAACACAGCUUCCUCAAGCUGUUGGUGUCGCUUAUUCUCUCAAAAUGGAUAAAAAGGAUGCUUGUGUUGUUACUUAUAUGGGGGAUGGCAGCACCAGUGAGGGGGAUUUCCAUGCCAGUUUAAAUUUUGCAGCAGUUAUGGAAGCCCCUGUUGUUUUUAUAUGUCGCAACAAUGGAUGGGCCAUCAGCACCCCUGUGUCAGAACAAUUUCGAAGUGAUGGUGUUGUUGUUAAGGGUCAAGCUUAUGGAAUCCGAAGCAUAAGGAUAGAUGGAAAUGAUGCACUUGCUGUUUAUACCGCCAUUCGUGUAGCUCGUGAAAUGGCCAUCAGUGAGCAAAGACCCAUAUUAGUUGAGGCUCUCACUUAUAGAGUUGGACACCACUCUACUUCUGAUGAUUCCACCAAGUAUCGACCCAUAGAAGAAAUUGAACACUGGAAAACUGCUCAAAACCCUUUAGCCAGAUUUCGAAAAUGGGUUCAGAGAAAUGGUUGGUGGAGUGAUGAAGAUGAAUCAGAACUUCACGAAAACGUCAGGAAGCAGCUAUUGCAUGCAAUUCAAGUGGCAGAGAAAACAGAGAAACCUCAGCUUUCAGACAUGUUCACUGAUGUCUAUGACCAAGUGCCAUCAAACCUAUCUGAGCAAGAGAGACUACUGAGAGAAACUAUCAAGAAACACCCUCAAGACUACCCCUCUGAUGUUCCUAUAUAG